CCAGCGGCGCGCUCGGGGUUUCUGGCCGCGCGGCCCGCCAGCUCGGAGCCGGUCGCUGCUAGCACACUCCGCUCGGUCCCAAGCGGAUCGGGGCGAGACUCCCAGCACCGUAGAUAGAGUCCAAGUGGGCGGGGAACCUCCCCGCGCGCCCGCUCAUGUCCCUGCGGAGCCAAGUGUCCGGCCGCCUGGCACAGCUGCGUGCGGCGGAGCAGCUGCUCCGCGUCCCGCGCCCCUGGCCCGGCCCCUCGGCGGGUGCCACGCGGACCCGCAGCGGCGCGUGCGGUCCCCCGGCGACCCUGGGCGCGGACGGCCCCGGCGCGCGGACCCCAGCGGGAGUUGGGGCUUGGGGGGCGGCGGCGGUGGGGGAGAGGAGAGCCGGGGUGCGCACCUGGGCCCCCCUGGCCAUGGCGGCGAAGGUGGACCUGAGCACCUCCACCGACUGGAAGGAGGCAAAAUCCUUUCUGAAGGGCCUGACUGACAAGCAACGGGAGGAACAUUACUUCUGCAGGGACUUCAUCAGGCUGAAGAAGAUCCCAACGUGGAAGGAGAUGGCGAAAGGGGCGACUGCAAAGGUGGAGGAGCCAAAGUACAAGAAGGAUAAGCAGCUCAACGAGAAGAUCUCCCUGUUUCGAGGUGACAUCACUAAGCUGGAGGUGGACGCCAUUGUCAAUGCUGCCAACAGCUCCCUGCUCGGAGGUGGCGGUGUGGACGGCUGCAUCCACCGGGCCGCCGGACCCCUGCUCACCGACGAGUGCCGGACCCUGCAGAGCUGCGAGACCGGCAAGGCCAAGAUCACCGGCGGCUACCGGCUGCCCGCCAAGCAUGUCAUCCACACGGUGGGGCCCAUCGCCCACGGAGAGCCCAGCGCCAGCCAGGCUGCCGAGCUCCGCAGCUGCUACCUGAGCAGCCUCGACCUGCUGCUGGAGCACCGGCUCCGCUCCGCGGCUUUCCCCUGCAUCUCCACCGGCGUGUUUGGCUACCCCAGUGAGGCGGCGGCGGAGGUAGUGUUGGCCGCGCUGCGCGAGUGGCUGGAGCAACACAAGGACAAGGUGGACCGGCUCAUCAUCUGCGUGUUCCUGGAGAAGGACGAAAGCAUCUACCUGCAGCGGCUCCCCCAGUACUUCCCAGUGGACUCCCCUGGGCCUACAGGACCUCGCUCUCAGCUCUAAGAGGUCCCCGAAGCCUGCAUCUGGGCCUGGGCACCCUGUUCCUUCCCUCAGCCCCCUGCCCUCAGGAGCCUCCUAAUAAAGACCACCCUUGUUGCAGCGA